CCUCGCAGCAGGCGGCCGCUUCUCUUGGGCAACAGCACUGGCCCUGGAAGGCCCUGAGGAGCAAGGGCGGGAGGGUGGCCCGCCUGUUGGUGGGGCAGGGAGCAGGCCACUUCUUCCCGUUUCCAGGUGGCUGCUCAGCACCCCCGGAGGGAGCUCACAGAGCUUCCCGGAACAGCAGCCACAGCAGCGAUGGCGCCACCCUGGCUGCCCGCGGUGGGCUUCACGCUGGCGCCCAGCCUGGGGGCCUUCCUGGGCUCCUACUACGUCCGUGGAGAGGGCCUCCGCUGGUAUGCCAGCCUGCAGAAGCCCUCGUGGCACCCGCCCCGCUGGACGCUGGGCCCCAUCUGGGGCACGCUCUACUCUGCCAUGGGGUAUGGUUCUUACAUCGUCUGGAAAGAGCUGGGGGGCUUCUCGGAGGAGGCAGUGGUCCCCCUGGGCCUCUACGCCGGGCAGCUGGCUCUCAACUGGGCAUUCCCUCCCAUCUUCUUUGGCACGCGACAGAUGGGUUUGGCCCUAGUGGACCUCCUGCUGACAGGUGGGGUGGCAGCAGCCACGGCCGUAGCCUGGCACCGAGUGAGUCCUCCGGCCGCCCGCUUGCUCUACCCGUACCUGGCUUGGCUGGCCUUUGCGGCCACGCUCAACUAUUGCGUCUGGCGGGAUAACCGUGGUUGGCGUGGUGGCCGAAAGUUUGAGGAAUGAGGUGCCUCAUCCUCCGAGGACUGUGGCUGCUGCUAGGCAGGCGUUGCUGGUGGUGGUGGCCCUCACACGUUCUUGGGUGCCAGGCCUGUGAGUCUCUCUGGGCUGCAGCCCAGGGGGUUGCCAGCAGCUUUGGAGGUCUUUGGGCUGAGCUCCCACCCCAGAAACCGCGUCCUACACUUUCUGCACUGUUCAGGGCGCAGUCUCGGGACAUGGAAUUUUAUAAACCGAAUAAAGUUUUUAAACUGGCA